AUGCUGAGAGUGCGGCGGCUGCUGCUGCUGCUGCUGCUGAUGGGCUCCGGGCCCGGGAACGAGGCCUUGGAGGGCGGAGUGUAUGGCUUCUGCUUGUUGUUGGGCGGCUUGGCUUGGGCCGUUGGGGAGAAGGCCGUGGGUGGCGGAGGAGAGGUCAAAGUGUGGUUGGUGUUCGUGUUGGUGUUGCUGCUGCUGGGAAGGAGCGCCUGGGUGGUGGUGGCUCGGAUGACCGUGGUGAUCCUCGUCUACGACGUCGUCGUGCUCGCCGUCCUCGUCUUGGUCUGGGAGGUGUUCAGUUUUGGCAAUGAUAGAGUGACGGUCUUCCUCAUCAUCGUCACGAAGCUGGGCGUCUAUGUGGUCGGCCGUGACGGAGGACUGGCGAUGGCUACGUCCGCGACCGCCGGCAAUGGGAGGCUUGGUGACCUUGUUCGGGCGACCGCGCGGUCGUCCGAUGGCACCGCCUCUACCGGACAUGGAAGGGUUCUCUAG